CUUGGUUACAUCAGUGUGUGUAGUCAGUCACUAGUGUGAGUGUCUCAGUAGUCAGUGUGCCGCGAGUGACUGUGGAGUGCAGCUGACGUCAUGGGACAAGAUGAAGACCUGGAAGGGCUUAUGGGCCACCUAGGAGAGUUCGGCACAUACCAGAUGUUUCAGUUCAGUCUCCACAUACUAGCGGCCAUGACAGCUGGGGUACACAUGCUCUCAUUGGUGACUGUAGCGGCAGUGCCUGACCAUAGAUGCCACAUACCGAGCAUGGACGAAAACGACACAUUGAUCUGGAAUGACACGUUUCACGGGAGAGAGCCUGAGGAGCUGAGCUGGUACAUUCCUCCGGGGACUCACGGGAACUUGGAUAACUGUCGGAUCAUCAACAGGGAUAGUAACAACCAGAGUGAGAUGUGUGAUACGUGGGUGUACGACACUCAAUACUACAAAUCCUCCAGGGGGAUGGAGUGGAAUUUUGUAUGUAGAGACAGAUGGAAAGGAGCUUUGGCCAAAUCUAGUUACAUGUUUGGAGUGUUUGCUGGAGCUGUCACCCUGGGCAGCAUGGCUGACAAGUACGGACGUAAAACAAUCUUCUACAUUUCAGCCAUCAUGCAACUACUUCUGGGUGUUGGAGUAGCUUUCAUAACAGAGUAUUACUUAUUCCUCGCAAUAACAUUCCUGUACGGAAUAUUCGGAUCAGCUGGAUCGUACAUCACAGGAUUUGUUUUGACAAUGGAGAUUGUCGGAGCGUCAAAGCGUACAAUCUGCGGAAUCACGUUUCAAGCGAUGUUCGCAUUCGGAGUGAUGCUGGUGGCCUUUUGGGGUUUCCUUAUAGAAGACAGGGUCUGGCUACAGGUUGUCUAUGGACUACACAGUGUUCUGCUGCUGUUCCAUUGGUGGCUCAUAGAUGAGUCGCCUCGGUGGCUGUGGUCGCAAGGCAGGAUAUCAGAGGCCGUCACCAUUGUGGAGAAGGGCGUCAAGAUGAACGGAGGUGAACAGAUAGACAAGGCACAUUACGUGUCUCGAGGUAAAGUGGUCUCGGACUCAACGGAGGAACACUCCUACAGUGUGCUGGACAUGUUCCGCACACCAAAGCUGCGCAUCAAAUCUCUCAACGUAUGUCUCAACUGGUUCGCCAACAGCCUGGUGUAUUACGGCCUGUCCCUCAACACAGGCAGCCUGGCAGGCAACCCUUACUUCAUCUUGUUCAUCAUGGGUGUCAUUGAGAUGCCGAGUUACGUGAUCUCAGUUCUGUUCCUGGACCGAGCUGGUCGUCGAUGUCUCACUGCUUCCUUCCUACUGUUGGGAGGUUUCGCUUGUCUUAUCACUGCAUUUACUCCUAAAGGGAGUUCAUUAACAACAUCGAUUGUGUUCCUGGGCAAGUUCUGUAUAGCUGGUUCAUUCGCUAUCAUUUACAACUACAGUGCAGAGCUGUUUCCUACAGUUAUACGCAACACUGCGCUCGGCGUGGGCAGUAUGUGCGCUCGAUUCAGCGCUGCACUCACUCCUCUUAUAGCUCUGCUGGACUCGUUUGACCCCCGAGUACCCACAGUGCUGUUUGCUGUGGUAGCGCUGGUGUCAGGGUUCCUGACAACAUUACUGCCAGAGACACUAGACCAGCCGAUGCCUCAGUCUCUAGACGACGGAGAACACUUCGGGGAGGGCGACACUUGCUUUACCACAGGGUGCUUCGGCAGCAACAGGAAGAGAACGCCUGUACCACUCACAGAGAUGAGCUGAACAUGAAAUGAGCUUAGCUGAACCAGUUAUCAAAGUUAAACCUGAAAGGAGGGAAAUCCAGGAAGAAUAAACUCAUUUAUUGAUAAGUAGUGUAAAUAUAGUUAUGUAAGUAGUUCAUACCAACUAAUUUGUAAGGAAUCAAUCAUUGUCUUUAUUGUUAUUAUUUUGUUCUUAUUAUUAUUAUUAUGUACAGUUUAUUCAAGUUAAGAUUAAUGGUGUAAAACAGCCAAUUUGUUUGUACAUAGUCUACUAAAAUAUUGUAACUUACUUUGUAACUGUAAACUAAUUGAUUUAUUGAUCAUUUUAUUAAUUUUAAUUAUGGACUUUCCAUAACCCAAUGUUAACAGAAACGUUAAAUUAUUAUUUAAUAAUAAUUUAUGGUUCUUUGAACUUGUUUAUCAGAGAAUUGUGUACAUUAGUCAUAUGUGGAUUUUUGUGUCUUUUGUGAAAUUGCACUUGUAUUUUGACUUGAGAAGAAAACUACUACCAUUAGUGGUUUUCUACAAAGUUUUUUUUCUGACUCAGCAACAUAUUACUUUAUUUUCAAUGAGUAUUUAGUGCUAAGUCUGUGGUAUAGAAAUGAGUGUGAUAAAAAUAACUAAAGCUUUAACUUAUGCUUUUAUAUCACUUGUGUAAGUCGGUAUACAAUGUUUCUUCCUUCAGUUAACAAUGAAGUACAAACAUUUCAUUUGUUUAAAUCACUUUGUGGGUCACAAUUGUUUGAAUUCAAGCUAAUAGGUAGUCUAUAGGGUCACUUCACCUUUAAUAGUUUGUAACAGCACUAGAGAUUUAUGAUGUAUAUGCAUACCAUGUUACAUUUUAUUACAAUGUUGUAAUAAGGAAUUUUUGUAUUGAUCAAGGAUAAAAUCUUAAUAACAUGUUCACAAUAAUCA